UACUGUGGUAUGGUUGCCGAGAGCCGAAGUUUUCUGAACUAUCUUGUUCAAUUAUGUGGAAAAUUUUAUUACAUUAUUUUAUUGUUUUUAUGUGUUAAGAUUAAUUUUACAUGUUCAGUUCAUAGUAAUAGAAAAUAUAAGUACUUAACAAUGAUAAUUAUGGAAAGUUGGAUUCAAUCGUUCCAAUUACUAUUUACAUAUUUUUAAGCUCUCCCUUUUAUGGUUAGGGUUUGUAAUUUGGACGGUACACUUAUUUUUCAACUUAUACUAUAAUAUAACAUUAACAUAUUGUUUACAAUUUAUCACAAGGACUUACCAUGACAUCGAUUUUUUGUUUUAUUAUCGCCUUGUUAUGUUUCUCAACAACAGUAAUAUCAAGACAAAGUUUGAAAAGAAUGGAACCAUACGGACAAGUGAUAGCGUCAAAUGUGGUAUUUAGACACGGCCAACGAACCAUUAUUGAACCCUACCCUACAGAUCCUUAUCGAAGCCCCAGUUACUGGCCUGAAGGUUUUGGACAACUUGUAGAUGAGGGAAAAAGACAAGAAUUCGCGCUAGGAAUCUGGCUGCGUAAACGCUAUCAAGGCCUGUUGAAUGCCGUCUAUAACCGAACCGAGAUUUUCAUUCAGAGUACCGACGUCGAUCGAACUCUGAUGAGUGCGGCCUCAGUGCUGGCCGGUCUCUAUCCACCGACAACUGGCCACAAGUGGAAUGAUCGCAUCGAUUGGCAACCUAUUCCUAUUCAUACAAUACCUGUCGAAAUGGACGAGGUCCUGGCUAUGAAGAAACCUUGCCCCAGAUACAAAGCCGAAUUCGAUAAAAUGCUUAAAUCUCCUCCAGUUACUGCGGAAUUCGCCAAAUAUUCCAAAAGUAUUGACUAUCUCACUCAUUUCAGUGGUGAAAAGGUCAAGACCUGGUUCCAACUGCAAGACCUGUAUGACACCAUGUUUAUUGAGGAACUAAAUAACUAUACAUUGCCAAAUUGGACAAGUGAAGUAUAUCCGACACCGCUGAAAUCAGCAGCUGCAUUUACUUUUCGUCUGGAUACUUUUACAGAAAAACUUACCAGGCUCAAGACAGGUCCUCUUAUGAAUGCAAUGAUAAACCAUUUCCGAAUAUACCUUCAAGGGAACAAUAAAAAUCACGAUGACAAAAAUAGUAGGAAGGUUUGGCUACUCUCUGCCCACGAUGAAACUGUAGCAAAUGUUCUAGAUACAUUGAAAGUAUUCGAAACUCAUAAUCCGCCUUAUACUGCUUGUGUGUUAAUUGAACUUCGCGAGAAAAAUAAUGAUUAUUUCGUAACGGUUACGUAUCGUAACUCGAGCUCGGAAGCCACUUUGCUAACGAUUCCAGGAUGCGCCACACUCUGUCCAUUCAACCAGUUUGUUCAAAUCUUGAAACCGUUAAUCCCCUCCGACUGGGAAAGCGAGUGUCACGGAAAUAGAAUGUUCACUCUAUCUCAACAUUUGCUGCAGCAUUCUCUUGUGCUACCUUUGUUGCUGACCACUCUAAUCCUGGCACUUCUUCUUCUGACGUCGAUGCUCCUUUUUGGCAGAGACACCACAGACCAUCUCACUUUUACAGGAAAUUGAAGACAGACAGCAUAUAAACGUUAAUUGAUGUCAGCUACUAUUUAUAGAGUGAGUGAAAAGUGUGAGAACUACUUCAUAAACAAAGGUGAAUAUUUGAGGAUCCUACUUAGAUUGAAAAUCCUAUUAAAAUAUUAACUUACAUUCAAAAUGAUGAAUCCAAGAUACCAAAUUGUUAGUCACAGAAAGUAGUAUUUUUAAUUCGAGUACAGUAAGAUCCUCAAUAAUUGCCACCGUUAGAAUUUUUUUUUUAACUGUUCUCAAACUCUUCACCCACCUGUAAAGAGUAUAAUGGCAUAGAGAAAAGAUAUCAUGAGAAGCUUUCCCAUGGUAUAGGUCUUUUUUGUUCCAAAGAUUACUGUUAACUCAAGCCGAUAGUCCUAAUGGUUUUUUCGUGAAGCUAUGUGACGGUGGUAGUCUCUCAUAAUGUGCCGUUCUUACACUCACCCGGCCAAAACAGUAAUAAUAGACAGUAGUCAACAGUGAUCGGCUUAGUUAACAAACAAUAUUGGCUUGAAAUCAGGAACAUAAACGACCUAUACCAUAGGAUAUCUUCUUAUGCUAUCGUUUCUCUAAGAUAACUGCUUAUAUACAAGGAAAGCAGAAACAGAACUUUACUGACAGUCAGUACUGUAAUUUGCCAAGUAGACUGGCAGGUUUGUUUUUACUGGCAGCCUGCAAUUAAUUACUUGCAUUUUUAUAGGAAAUUACCCCUUCAAACAGAAAAAGUAAGCGGUAAAUUGAAGAGGAAAGUACUGGCCGCAAUUAACUUGCUGUCUAAAUUUCUUAUUCAUAUGUCGCUUAUAUUAGUGUUGUCCUUCAGUUCCAAGGGCCCCAUUACACAAUCAUGUUUUUGAUCAUAUAUCAGAUCAUAGAAAUCUGAAUUUGAAAUCUGUUUUCAAAUGAAUGUCUUAGGGUCUGGACACACAGAGAGCGAUCUGCUACCAGAGCGGUCUCAGGAGGAUAUAAAUAUCUGUUUGUCCAGGCCCUUAAAACCGA